UGCUCCCGGUGGAAACGACAGGCUGUGGUCUAUCUUGGGUUAGUUAUAAAAAAAUCUUUGCUACAGUGUCGUGGUGAAUAAAAUGGGAAUCUCAUUUGUUGUCUCUGCAAAGAGGGCGUUUCGGGAAUGAAGUAAUCUCGCGUAGGGUAUGGAAUAUAGAUCAUUGAUACUGUACUGUUUGUCUAGUCAAUAUUUUCACAAGUAGAUAGCCUAUUGAAAAUGUCAGCAUAGCCAUUUGAUGGUCUCUCUAUUCGAAUAACCGAGUCGAUGCAAAGACUUGUUAGGCGGGUCGUUGUCGGGGAAAAUGACAGGGGGGACUAAAACAGGGAGGAAUGGCAGCUAACCUUGCUAAUGGGAGUGUACUGUACGGGUAGACAUUUCACAAUGUAAGUGUAUCAAACAAAAUCAGUAGGUGGCCAUUGUAGCCAAGUUGUUUGAGCGCAUGUAGUGCACGGUUAUAAUGCUUACAUUGUAUCAGCAUCCAGAGUGUAGAUUUGCUGCAAGGCAAGCGUUUCCCUUUUUUUGUGUGGCUAUCCGUGGUGGAUAAUGAUGGUGGCUGGGACUCUGAUCACACACUGUUACUGCUACACUGCUCGAGUAGGCUACAAUGUUGCACUGCUGMGCUAAAUCAAACAGAAUCAAGAAAUUCAUAUUACCAUUGGAUUAACACACGGGCUAAUCCUGUGUUCAUAAGGUACUGAUCAGCGAGGUCUGCUGCAAUUAUGGAUGAUCAUCAUCAUCACCAUCAUCACCAUCAUCAACUUCAUCAUCACACACAGGGAAGCAUGUCACCAUCAUAUGUUCCAAGGAAGAGGAAGGCUUCACAGCCAAAACAAAAAAGUGGUGUUCCAAUACCAGCUAUCCAGAGGAUGUCAGAUAUGAGUGUGAUGAGUAUGAUUGGUGCUCCACCUAAGAAUGAUGACCCUCAUGCCCAGGUGACUCAAAAAAUGAAAAGAACAUAUGGCAGAAAAAGGUAUGAGGAUCUGCAGAAUGUCUCCCUGGGCUCUGGUGUGGAGGAUUCAACCAGCGAGACGUCCUGCUGCUCCGUGGUGUCUUCCAGCCUAGCUGUAGCCAACGGGGAGCUGCCUCCCCCUCCACCUCCCUCUGCCAGACUGCCUCACAGGCUGGUGGCUAAAGACUGUUGGCCCAACCAGGCUCCAGACACAGGCAGGGCCCAGGGCCGGGGUCAGGAACCACCUCCACCCUCCGAUUUUGCCAUGAAGAAAAUGCGGAGAGUGGAGGUGGACAACGGAGCACCUUCUGUUACAAAUUUCCCUCCGGAAGUGAGACACACAGUUCCAGUUCCUGUUGGAGGUGGACAUGUCCAUAGCCAUGUCCAAAGUGGUCACUCGGUCGGAGGUGGACAUGUCCAUAGCCAUGUCCAUAGUGGUCACUCAGUCGGAGGUGGACAUGUCCAUAGCCAUGUCCAAAGUGGUCACUCAGUCGGAGGUGGACAUGUCCAUAGCCAUGUCCAAAGUGGUCACUCGGUUGGAGGUGGACAUGUCCAUAGCCAUGUCCAAAGUGGUCACUCGGUUGGAGGUGGACAUGUCCAUAGCCAUGUCCAAAGUGGUCACUUGCAUGGAGGUGGACAUGUACAUAGCCAUGUCCAAAGUGGUCACUCGGUUGGAGGUGGACAUGUCCAUAGCCACAUCCACAGCGGUCACUUGCAUGGAGGUGGACAUGUCCAUAGCUAUGUCCAAAGCGAUCACUCGGUUGGAGGUGGACAUGUCCAAAGCGGUCACUCGAUUGGAGGUGGACAUGUCCAGUGCAAUCACUCAAUUGGAUGUGGACAUCUCCAGAGCAGUUACCCUAUUGGAGGUGGACUUGUCCAGAGCAGUUACUCUGUUGUAGGUGGACAUGUCCAUAGCAGUCACUCUAUUGGAGGUGUAGCUAUCCAGAGCAGUCACAGUCACCCAGCAGAGCCGUCCGAGGAAGAGAAAUCUAAAGUCUUCACCUUCACAACCAAGAAAGAACCUCCUGUCUACCCCCCAGGAAGUCAAGAGGAGAGGUGGCAGCUGAUGAUCCUGGGGAAAGGGCGAGUCACCUGCCCCAAGUGUAAAAGUGUGAGCAGGAAGACUGUGGAGGGACUGAAGAAACAUAUGGAGAACUGCCGAGUGAAUCCCUUCACGUGUCAGCAAUGUGGGAAACAACUGAAAUCUUCCACUGGAAUGAAGUACCACAUCAUGGCAGACCACAAUAACCUGCCCUCGCCAGAUGACAUAAAUGGCCUGGAUGACCAGUCCAUGAAGGAAAAACUGAGGAAAGUGCUGAAACGGAUGGGCAAAUUAAAAUGCUCUAAAGAGGGCUGCACUGGUAGUUUCACCAGCAUCAUGGGUUACCUGUACCACAUGAAGAAGUGUGGGAAGGAGGAGUCUGAGCUGGAGAAGCUGCUUCUCAACUGCCAACACUGUGGCAAGGUCUACAAGUCUAAGGCAGGCCUGGAGUACCACCUCAAGUCAGAGCACGCACCAGUGCCCCAGAAUGCGGAGGAGGAUGAGGUGAAGGCCCAGAGAGAGCCCAACCCUGAGAGGACGCCCAGCGGCCGGGUCAAACGCAUGUCAGCCCAGGUGGCUGUUUUCCACCUACAAGAGAUUGCUAAUGACGAGCUGGCUAAGGAGUGGCCCAAGAGGAAGGUCAUCGGGGACCUGGUCCCCGACGAUAAGAAGCUGAGAUAUGCACGCCCAGGGCUGCCUGCCUUCAGUCAGGAGGUCCUUCGGAAGUGGAAAAAUGAAGUGAAGCUGCAAAAGAAAGUGCAGUGCCCAAACCUGGGCUGUGUCUCGGUCUACACCAGCGUGUCUGGACUGAAGGCUCACCUUGGGCUCUGCGGAAGGGGGGACUUUGAAGCAGGGAAAUAUAAAUGCCUAAUCUGUAAGAAAGAGUUCAACUCUGAGAGUGGGGUGAAGUACCACAUCAACUCUGUCCACUCCCAGGACUGGUUUGCGGUGACCUCAAAAUCCAAGAACUUUAAGGUUCUGAAGGCCAAGGCCAAGGAGAACAGCACCGUGGACGACCCCAUUGUCCAGCACAAGACCCUCCAUGUCUUCACCCCUGUCCUGGAGCCCUGGCAGGACAUGCAGAUGGGACCUCCACCAACGGUGCCCGAGCCAGCCCUGCAGGUCAACCCUGAGGCCGCAGAGGGAAAGAGGAGGGGGAAGGGUAGAGGGAAGGAGAAGGACUGCUAUGACUUCACUGGCAGUGAYCACUCCAGCAGUAGCAGCAGCGGUAGCUCCAGCAGUGAAUCAGAGACAGAGGAGCUUGAUGGCCAGAGACACGACGUUGACCAAUGGGCACUGCAGAGACCCAGUAUCAUCGAGACCCACCCCGAUGUCGCCAAGCAACCCAGAAGCAACCCCUAGUUCGUCCGAUCACCUGACUUCAGAUUAGGGGUCUGUUCAGGAGGGUGCAACGUUACAGAACAUUCAAAUAGAAAUGCAUUGUGCAUUGGUUCUGGGAUGUGUAGUCUGUGUGUUUCAACUGUAACUAUGAGGUCAUCUUAGCCAACAUUUAAUGUGCUUUAUUAUUUUAAGUUUGAUAACUCUUGUUUUGUUUUCUGACAUGCUUACUUAGACUAAUCUUUUAACCCCUAUUCUGACAAGUGCUUAUGUGUUGGCUUGUGCUCCUCGAUUCAGACUGUGCCUAGUGUAUGGAUCUAUUAUUUCAUACAACUCCUUUAUUAUACCUUACAUGUUAUCAGACCUCUUCUUUACAAUGCAUAUUUAACCAAUAGCAUGUGGUGUUAAUGUAGUGUGAAUUUUAUAUAUUGGAUAGUGAUAUGAUAACACAGGAUACAUUUGAGAUACAGUGGUUGUCGGUUAUAGUUGUCAGUGAUGUUUUUUAACGCUGCAUUGUUUGUUGAUGUACACUGUCCAGAUGGAAAUAGGUGCAGUUGUCAUUUCAUUUACUUCCUGUGUGGCCCUGUACUGUUUCUGCAGAUGUAUGAAUGUAUUUUGUUUACUCUUCUGUUGAUAUUUCUGUCAGUGCACUUCUGUUCAAACUAGGUUUUGAGUAGAUUCAUAUCUAUUUUAUUUAGUAUUGAAUAAUGAACUGGCCCUUGGACAUUUUUAAGUGAUCCCUCACACAUGAUGUUAACGAUAGGUUUUCUCUAUUUGAUGCCUUUUAAAAUCGACUAAGAUAAGUUAGACAACCAAUGUCUUUCUGUUCAAAGGUUCAGCUCAGGUCCAUGAUUCCUGUGACCAAAACAAGAGGCAUUACGCAUGCACUUUUAUAUUGAAUGAAAUGAAGUGCUCAGUUUAACGAUAGGCAUUCCCAUAACCCAACCUUGUGAAGGGUGACAAGUGUGCCCUAAUUUGUUGUCUGGCAUUAGACUGCUUCUUGAGAUUGUGUUCAGUCUUCACUGUUUUGAAUCAACUGUUGUUUGUCAAAAAUGAAAAAUAUUACACUUCAAUUCCACAUUUGUGUACAUUUCUAUUAAUGGAAAAUCUAUUGUUUCAAGUUUUAGAAAACAAAAUGCAUUAUACCUUCUUUUUUUAAAGUACUGUAGGCCUAAUUCGCUGCUAUUUUUAACUACCAGGAGUGUUCGCUAUAUCAACAGGUGAAAUAAAAUAUUAACAUAAUGCUA